AGGAAAUUGAAGACGAACACACUUCCGUAAACGACAAGAGCCAGUCUUCUAUGGCUGCUACCACACACUCGCUACUUUUUAUGAUCUUCAACCAGGUUUUCCGUGUGUGUUUAUCCUCGUUUUGUUGUCUCAGUGAUGGAUCGCAGCAGAUCACCUGACAGAGCUGGCAGAGAGAAAAAACACAAGAAGAAGAAGAAACGGAGACGGUCUUCCUCUUCUUCUUCAUCAUCAUCAUCAUCGUCGUCUUCCUCAUCCAGCAGCAGGAGUCGAAGCAGAUCAAAGAAAGCAUCACACAAGAGUCAAGAUGUGAAAACACAAAGAAAGAAGCGCAGACGAAGCUCCUCUUCUUCACCCACCUCUUCUUCCUCGUCAUCUUCAUCCUCGUCGAGCGAUGAAAAGACAAAGAGGAGGAAAAGUAAAGCCAAGAAAAAGAAGCCCAAGAAGAAGAAGGCGAAGCUGAAGAAACAGAGGAAAAGGGAAAAGAAGAAGAAAGAGAAGCUGAAGAAGAAGGAGAAGAAGAAAGCAGAGGUGGUGUUGUCCAGUCCUCCAGCAGAGAAACCUCCAUCGUAUCUGGAGGUGUGGCAGAGUGAUGAGGGGGCAGUGGAGCUCGGACCUGUGAUGACAGAUGAGCAGAAGGCCCGACUCUCCACUAAGAGGCCCCUCACCAAAGAGGAGUACGAGGCCAGACAGAGUGUGAUCCGCAGGGUGGUGGACCCAGAAACAGGACGCACCAGAUUAGUGAGAGGAGAAGGAGAGAUCAUAGAGGAGAUAGUCAGCCGAGAAAAACACAAAGACAUCAACAAGCAAGCCACCAAGGGGGACGGGAAUGCCUUCCAGAGGAAAGUGGGACUCAACAGGUAGAAGAUGUCGUGGUCUACUCCAGGAGUGUAGCCUCAAUAAAAUGAAUUUUAUAUCAUGAUUUCAAACAGUUGCCUGUGAUUUAACUGUAUAGUAGUGAAGGUACAGAAUUAUCAGGGCAUGUACUCUUGAUGUACACUAAUGAGUUUAAUCCAGGUAAAAGCCAGUAUCUCCUAUUGAUUUGCCUUAUUAAGUCUAUGCUGAUAAAGGAGCUAUAAAGAGAAACAGAUGAGUUAGUGAGCGACUUGAAUGUUUUGAGUCAACUCAGCUCUGCAAAAGGAACUCUACACGAGGAAGGUGUCCCAAAUAAUUUGCACAUGCAAUGUAUGUUUACGCUGAUUAAUGCUUAUUUAUUUUGUCCAUGUUUUAAAGCAUUUCAGUGAGUACAUUUAAGGAUCAGGUUGUCAGUUUUUGUACUUAAAAUCAAAGACAUUAAGAAGCUGAUUUAAGUGUUUGGUAACCUGUGUGACUCUGCAAACCUUUUUUUAUUUUGGCUACAUACUCUACACCCACUCUCACAUGUCUUCUCACCUUUACAUCUCACAUUUAGUUUCAUUUGGUUCUCUGAAUAAAUCUACAUUUGUGUUGACUGCAA